UUUAGUCCAAAAUCAGUUGUUCACACAAAUAACACUCCAAAAACAAACAAACAAAAUGUAUACUUUUCAAAACGGCCCCUUUCGCAUCGGAAGAAAUCACUGACGAAUAGGUGUACAACAGUAGAUUGAACCUUCGAAUCGUUACUUGCAGUGAAAGUAGUGAUCAGUAGCUGAAGUGAGCCAUGAAAAGGGACAGAAAUGAGGGAAUUUGGGAUUUUGAGAAUGGAAUGCCACCACAAGAUGGCGGUCAGGAUCUGAUUCUGGGAUUGGAUGGCGGGACUACUUCCACCGUGUGUAUAUGCAUGCCUGUGUUUUCUUUCACUGAUAACUCCCUUCCUCCUGACCCGCCACCUGUCUUAGCUCAUGCUGUUGCUGGCUGCUCCAAUCAUAAUAGUGUUGGAGAAACUGCUGCGAAAGAGACACUAGAACGUGUUAUGGCAGAUGCUCUUUUUAAGGCAGGGUCCACUCGAUCUGCUGUACGUGCAGUUUGUUUAGCUGUAUCAGGGGUUAACCAUCCAACAGACCAGCAAAGGAUCUUAAGUUGGCUUAGGGCGAUGUUCCCAAAUGAUGUGAAGUGUUUCGUCCACAAUGAUGCUGUGGCUGCUAUGGCUAGUGGAACCAUGGGAAAACUUCAUGGGUGUGUACUAAUUGCUGGCACGGGGACCAUCGCUUAUGGAUAUACUGAAGAUGGAAGAGAAGCCCGCGCUUCUGGUGCAGGACCUGUAUUAGGUGAUUGGGGAAGUGGAUAUGGUAUAGCUGCAAUGGCAUUGACAUCCGUAAUAAGGGCUUAUGAUGGCCGUGGUCCACAAACAAUGCUUACAUCAAGAAUUCUGCAUGAACUCGAACUUUCUUCUCCAGAUGAAUUGAUUGGGUGGACCUAUGCUGAUCCAUCAUGGGCUCGAAUCGCAGCUUUGGUCCCAGUUGUUGUAUCUUGUGCUGAAGCAGGUGAUGAGGUGGCGAAUGGAAUAUUGCUUGAUGCAGUUCAGGAGUUGGCCUCAAGUAUCAAAGCUGUAGUUUGCAGACUCGGGUUGUGUGGAGAAGAUGGAAAGGGUAGUUGUCCUCUUGUCAUGGUUGGUGGUGUUCUUCAAGCCAAUAAGAAGUGGGAUAUCGGAAAAGAAGUAAUUAGCUGCAUUUCCAAGGAGUUCCCUGGGAUGCUUCCAAUCCGCCCAAAGGUGGAACCUGCUGUUGGUGCGGCUUUGCUAGCGUGGAACGUUCUAAAGAAACAGUCCCAGUCUGGAGGUUGACAAGCAGUUGUGCUUAGGUUAAAGAAUAUUGAGAAAUAAGAUGUCAAAUGUGAUUUUCAGACUGUAUAGUUGCAAAGGGGGGUAAACAAAACUCAAGAAAGCAAACAUGAUUUUUCAUUGCACAACUGUUCAUAUCACUGAUUUCUUUCAUAUGGUCAUAUAACAUGAUACAUCCAUAAAAGUAAUCACUUCAAUUUUUUUA